AUGACAACUGUUCUCUUCGAGGACGUCAAACGCACGGAGCCAUAUGCUCGGUUGGCACGGCCAAAUGGAGCAGAGGCAAAGUCGAGUAUCCUCAAGUCGCCGGGCGCCUGGUGGAACGCAUUAUACGAUGGUUUCGCUAAGAAAAGAAAUGGCUCACGCAGUGUCAUCUUGAUAUGUGCGUCAUUUCUUAAUAUAUUCGGCUUUUUGGCCAUUUCGCCGCUCUCGUCCGCUAUUCUUUUCUCUGAAGACUUGGUGGUGCCCAAAUCCAUUGAGUUCACGAGCUUGACGCCGGUAGAAAAAUCGCCUUUGCCUAUUGACGCGGACCGAACGACGCACUUUCGUACGAUUGCAAAUUUACUCCAAAAUGUAUCGACCUCGCCGUGGAUUACGGAUGAAUAUACGAUUCUCCCCUUCUGGCCAGCCGAUAUGCAAGAUGCCCCGAUUACCUCCUUGCCCACUAGCUCCUCGCAGACAUGGGAAGCAGAGACAACCAUGUUCAAGAGCCAUAUGAACUGUACACAAAUGUCAAUGGACCGACAAAAGGAUACAAGUGUGAAGUACACAAAGGAUGGUGGAAGACUCCCGUCUAUAUCGACAACCUGGUCCUCUCCUGAUGGUUGUGAAUAUGGCCUCUCGGUCGAAAACUCCUUUAAGUCUGGCGGCACACCCCCCCAGUGUCAGAAUCGAGAUAUCAUCAUCUUGGUUGACUCUUCAAAGGCCACAAAUGGGAAUUUCACCGCGCACCUAUGUGACAGCAAAUAUUACAUGGCGAACAUUACAGCAAAGGUCGCUCUUGACGGCGAUGAGCCAGAUGUUUCCUAUGAUGAGACUGAAUUCGAAAAAAAGAAACUCACGAUCCCGGAUGAUAUUCUGAACACAACUCUCUUCCGAGAUCUCACCUUGAAUGCCGAUUGGAAAACUUACAUGGUCUCAAUUUUCUACUCUGACAACAAGAAUUUUGGGGGUCCUGCUAUCUUACUGGGAGCUCUGUACGAUUACAACGUGACUUCCAUAGUCAACGAUUGGAAUUGGAUUCAGUCAGCAGCGAAAGCAAAACAACGAUUUUUUGGUGAAGUAUUACAGGCAGCUUUGACUCGCCAAGGGGCUUCUCAAUACAGCCCCAUCCGGGGCUACAUUCAUGAUAUCGAACCUCGAGUGGUGAUACAAGCUGGGCCAGCUAUAGCUCUGGGGAUCUUACUCGCGGUUUCAUUUUUUCUCAUACUUUCUGUCUGGUGGUUUUCUCGACUACGACUUCGACCACUGCAUUUGGUGGAAGAUCCAGCAUCUACUAUAGGCACAGCCCGCCUGAUUACGCAAACUCGAGCUAAUUGUGGUUUUCAAAGCUUCAGACAGCCAUCUGAAAAAGAACUACAUGAAAAACUCACAGGACAGUGGUUUGUCACGGAUACUCGGGGCCUUUCGCGAACCAGUACCAACGACAUUAUCGGCCACGAGUCUUCUCAGUCGGAAAAUGGAACACCGAAGUUAUUUCGACUUCCUGCACUUAUUUCCCUUGCCACUGUCCUCAUAGUGGGGGUGAUAGGUAUUUCUGUUCUUUAUCAUUUUGCGGAGACCUCGGGGCUAUAUGAAAAGGCAUUUGUCUAUCAGGUACAUGUUUCUUUCAUUAAUAACGGCCUGUCGUCGGUGGCACCAUUUGCAAUGAUUCCUACCAUUAUCGCGACUGCGAUUGGGCUCUGGUGGAGCGCAAUGGAUGACAAUUUUCGUCGGCUGCAACCAUUUCUUGCAAUGUCCAAAGGAAAUCCCCAAGUUUUAAAAGGAGCAGGUCUCUCUUACCGGUCUUCUUUUUGGCUCUGGGCAUGUACAAAGGCUGCUCUAAACAAACAUUGGCUUCUGGCAUUUCUCACCCUUGGAAGUUCUCUUUCACCUGUUUUCACAACUACGAUGUCCGCCCUGUUUGAUCGGGGACCGGGAAUCGUAUCUCAGCCAGUCACUCUUAACCGUACACUAGAGCUCCGUGAAAUUCCAUUUGUCUUUCAUGCAAACCAAUCUCUCUAUCCGGGUAGUUUGAACGAUUACGCAGCCGGGAUCAUUGCAGAUCUUUACAGCAAUCUUUCGACUCAUUGGAUGUAUACCGCAACAGUCCAGCUCACGCUGGAUGGAUCUCAGCCUGCAUGGAGUAAGGAUGGUUGGAGCUUUGUACCAGCUAAGAUGGAUGGUCUUCGCAAUGCUCAGCUGCCAAAUGACCUCGACAAAUCCGAGAAAACCGUUGACGGGGCCCAGUCUAAUGUCUCAUUUAGCACACCUGCCAUGCGAGGCCGAAUUGAGUGCAGCCAGCUCCCGAUACAAGCUAUGAAGAAUCUUUCAAACUGGCUCACUUACAGGGACUUCCAAAAUGAAACUAUAUGGAACAAAUCUACCAUACCCGAAGACCUCACAGGAGGCUUCGAAUUAGGACAAACAUGGGCUAAUAGGGACUUCCCCACCGCAAUCACACCUUUCACAUCCCCUACCAACCUAACGGAUUGUCUUGGAUGUACAACUGUGUUCGCCAAUCCGAGUGAAAUACAAUGCUGUGGCAACAGCAGUAGCAGUACCUGGGAUCCAAGCGUGGUAGUCGGGUACUGGUCGCCAAACGCAAACCCCAAUGCAUGGAACACAAGAUCGUGGCAGCAAAAUUUCACAGCCAAGUUCUUCCACGGUGGCACAGUGACCGGAAUUAAAAGCAACACCAAUCUUAAAACCCCUGACGACCAAUCUGUUGGCAUGGUAUUUCCAAAUCCACCCUCCGCAUCGUUCCUGACCUGCAGGCCACUGGUCGAAUCUGCUACUGCGGAGAUCACAGUCAACCCCGAGAAUGGUGUUAUACAAAGCUUCAAUAUCACAGACACUCCCAAAGAACGACAAAAUGCGUUUUCAGACAACUUCUUGCCACACAACAAAACCCACGCAAGUUCAGAAACUGGUUAUAUGACAUACAAUGUCACAGUGAGCUACGGUCGACUGUUCAUGGCGUCUAUGUUAACCGCUGCCGACACGAUCAACCUGAAAGGUGCCCUUCAUGGCACAGGCUAUACACUUGAAGACCUCAACGACAACACAUACAACAUCCGGGACACAAUCAACGGCCUAAACAUGGACUUCAUGACAUAUUCCAUGUAUUCCAUGGCUGGAAAAGAUCCAACAAAACUCCUCGAUCCAGAUACAUUCUACCACCUCGCACAGAAAACAUUCUCCACAUUCUUCCAACAUUUCGUCAGCAAUGAGAUAUCGAUGGAAACGGGCAGUUGGGGCUAUCAAAAAAUCAAUGCCAGUCUUCCAGAUGAGCUUGGCCCAGCUCUCGAGCUUGUCAACGGGUACCUUCCCGGCAAAACAGCCACUGAAUAUCAGGAUGUUAUGCAGCCUAUCUCCCAUACAAACCGCACGGUAGAAGCUCUCCUCGCCCGCCGUGUGGAGUUCCUCCAGAUGAAUGGUGUCGCAGUCUGGCUCAGUAUCAGCAUAAUGGCUUGGUUGAUCAUAACGACAGUUGUAGUAGCGGUGCUACAGAAGCGCUAUUUCGGCAGUCUCGUUCGGAAUGUGGAAUGCCUCGGCGACGUCUUGGUCCUGAUAGCCGGCAGCGCAAACCUCCUCCAGGUUGUGCGGGAAAUCCAAGCCGGUAGACUUUCACCGGAAAUUUAUGAGCACCUUCGAACUAAACUGGGCUGGUUCGUCGACGAGGAUGGCGGGGUGCGAUGGGGAAUUGAGAUGGAGGAAAGUUAUGGAGAGGGAGCUAGGGUACAUUGGAUUUCUGCUCCCCAUUUCUCAAAGAAGAAGGGUACUAGAAUAUGGAAUCUUCGUGACGAGGAGAGAGAUUUAUAG